AUGCCGGUGCCGGGGCCGCGGCUCCGGCCUGGGGAAGAGGCAGGAAUCAGGCCUGGGCCUGCCCGCCCGCUCGUGCACACCCGGGAGUCCACCAGCGCCCCACCCUGCGCCGCCCGCGCCUGGAUCCUCGACCCCGCGGGUGAGGCCUACUACUGGUGGCUCAACCUCAUGGUGGUGCCCGUCAUGUACAACUGGAUCAUCCUGAUCUGCAGGGCCUGCUUCGUGGAACUGCAGGAGCGCUACCUGGUGCUGUGGCUGGUGCUGGACUACGCCUGCGACCUGCUCUACUUGCUGGACGUCACCGCACGCUUCCACACCGGCUUCCGGGAGGACGGCAUCCUGGUGCGUGCGCGGGGCCGCAUCGCGCGGCGCUACGUCCGGUCGCGCCAGGCUCUGUGGGAUGCGGCCUCGGCGCUGCCCACCGACCUGCUGUACGCGCGGCUGGGCCUGGGCGCGCCGGCCGUGCGCGCCAACCGGCUGCUGCGGGUCGGGCGGCUGUGGGAGGCCUUCGACCGCACAGAGACGCGCACGGGCCACCCGCACACCUUCCGCAUCGCCAAGCUGAUGCUCUACGUCUUCGUCACCAUCCACUGGAACGCCUGCGCCUACUUCGCCCUGUCCGAGUUCCUGGGCCGCGGCAGCGACACCUGGGUGUGCCCCGGCGCCGCUCAGCCUGGCUUCGACCGCCUGCGGCGCCAGUACCUCUACAGCUUCUACUUCUCCACGCUGGUGCUGACCACGGUGGGCGACACGCCGGAGCCGCAGCGCCCCGUCGAGAUGCUCUUCAUGGCCGCCGGCUUCCUGCUGGGCAUCAUGGGCUUCGCCACCAUCAUGGGCAGCAUCGGCUCGGUCAUCUCCACCAUGCGCAGCGCCGACGCCGCCUUCUACCCCAACUACGACCUGGUGAAGCACUACCUGCGGCUGCACCGCGUGGGCCGGCGCCUGGAGCGCCGCGUGGGCCGCUGGCACCAGCACCUGCGCCUGGAGAAGAAGCUGACGCACGAGGGCCGCAUCCUGCAGCACCUGCCCGAGCGGCUGCGGGCUGAGGUGGCGGUGAGCGUGCACCUGGCCACGCUGCGCAAGGUGCAGCUCUUCCAGAGCUGCGAGCGCUCGCUGCUGGAGGAGCUGGUGCUCAAGCUGCAGCCCCAGGUCUACAGCCCCGGUGAGUACGUGUGCCGCAAGGGCGACAUCGGCCGGGAGAUGUACUUCAUCCGUGAGGGGCGCCUGGCCGUGGUGGCCGACGACGGCGUCACGCAGUACGCCGUGCUGGGCGAGGGGCUGUACUUCGGGGAGAUCAGCCUCAUCAACAUCAAAGGUAACAAGUCAGGGAACCGGCGCACAGCGAACAUCAAGAGCAUCGGCUACUCGGACCUGUUCUGCCUGUCCAAGGAGGACCUGAUGGCCACGCUGGCCGAGUUCCCCAGCGCUAAGGCCAUGAUGGAGGUCAAGGGCCGCGAGAUCCUGCUCAAGCUGAACAAGCUGGACGUCAACGCCGAGGCGGCCGAGAUCGCGCGGGCGCAGGCAGCCGAGGCGCGGACGCAGGCCCUGGAGGCCGCACUCGACGCCCUGCAGACCAAGGUGGCGCGGCUGCUGGCCGAGCUCGAGUCCAGCGCCUUCAAGAUCGCUCUGCGCCUCGAGCGCCUCGAGUGGCAGACCCGUGACCGUCCCACGCCCCCCGGCGCCCACAGCCUGCCUGACCCCUGACCCCUGGCCCUGCUCCCGGUGGGGUGGGGCAGAGGAGGACGGGCCGUGGCCCACCCAAGCGCACCGGAGAGUCGGGAAAGAGUUAACCCGUCCCAUGCUCUGUCAACAGUUGCUAGGGAACCAGCACAACAGUCACUAGGCAACCGCUUCUCUGCCCCCCCCAGCAGCUCUGCCCCCUCCUGCCCCCCUGCAGCUUCCGCCC